AUGGAAACGAAAUCUCCGCCCAAAACCCGACGCACACUCACUGAAGAGCAACUUGGCAACAAGCGUCGCAUUGACAAGCUCAAGCACCGCGAGAACCGUGCCGAGAACAAGACGCGCCUCGAAAACAUUGAGCGCGAUGUCUCCUUUCUCCGCGACACAAUGGGCGACAUGAUGCUGCAUCUGCGCGAGCUCAGCCUGGACCCAGCACACCACCACCAGACCCCGACGACAUCUCACACCGGGCCCUCUCCGCAGUCGCUGCAUACGCUUCCCAGCCAGCUGUUGUGCCCGCCCAAACCCGAAUCAUGGAGCUCAUCCCCGGACCCGACGACGCCGCUGACCUUGGUCGCCCCCGCCAUACCCCCCCAUGUCGGCGGCGGCGGCCCGUUCUUCCAUCCGCCCACCAACCACCUCACCGACCACCUCACUGACCGGCUCUACGCCCAGCACGUCUUUCCUCAGGAGCCGCUCGAGGCCCAGAUGGACAUGGAGGCCUUGCUGGCCGAGAUUCGCGGCGAGAGCCCCGUGGUCGAGUGUCGCUGCGGCAAGCAGCACAACGCCGACGUUCAGUGUACGGAGCGCAUCUCCGUCACCAUGGCUUUCGAGUUUAGCAAUGUGGCGAGCCAAACCAACAUGCGUCCCAUGACGGCCCCGCGAAACCCCAGCCUGCAGGAUCUGCUACUGCACCCCACAGAAACGUCCAACCUGAUUGCCAUCAUCAUGUCGUCUAUUUUACGCCAGUAUGACUUUACGAAUAUAGAGUCACUGUGUGGCAUAUUCCUUCUCUCAUACAGGCUACUGCGGGCAACCGAGACCAUUGCUGAUGUGCCCCCCAUUAUGCGUCCCACGCGGUCCCAAAUCACAAUACCACACCCCAAGUCCCUCGAUUUCAUACCCUUCCCCGCCCUGCGCAACUAUCUCUGCCUCAAUCAGCACAAGGACGCCCGACACUCGGUGGACCUGUACCUGCGGUCCAUGCGGUUAGUACUGCCGCCCGGCAAGAGUCUGAUGACCAAGGCGGAGCGUGGUGGCAUCGAACUGAAUCCUGAAUUUGAGAUUUUUGCAUCGGACCUGCGCAACUGGACCAUGGGUUCGCCGUGGUCAGAGUAUUUUCCGCAGCUGCGCCAGUUUCUGUAUUAA